GGCACUGGGGAUUCAAGUUAGACAGGGUGGCAGUUCCCUGCCACCACCGGGGAGAGGGGAGUGACCAGCAACUCCUGGCAUGGCUCUUUUCAUGUGGGAUGCUUAAGGGCUGCGGGCAGAGAGAGUAACUUGGAGGCGAGGGAAGCUGGCAUGAGGAUUCCGCCAAAAUGGAAGGGCUCCUGUCUCCGAUGAGGACGAAGAUGACGGAAGGCCGUCGAUGUCAAGUACAUCUUCUUGAUGACCGGAAGCUGGAACUCCUAGUACAGCCCAAGCUUUUGGCCAAGGAGCUGCUUGACCUCGUGGCAUCUCACUUCAAUCUGAAGGAGAAGGAAUACUUUGGAAUCGCCUUCACAGAUGAGACGGGACACUUAAACUGGCUUCAACUAGAUCGAAGAGUCUUGGAACACGACUUCCCCAAAAAGUCGGGACCAGUGGUUUUAUACUUUUGUGUCAGGUUCUAUAUAGAGAGCAUCUCAUACCUAAAGGACAAUGCCACCAUAGAGCUCUUUUUCUUGAAUGCCAAGUCCUGUAUCUACAAGGAGCUGAUUGAUGUUGACAGUGAAGUGGUGUUUGAAUUAGCCUCGUAUAUUUUACAGGAAGCAAAGGGAGACUUUUCUAGCAACGAAGUGGUGAGGACGGACUUGAAGAAACUGCCAGCACUUCCCACGCAGGCUCUGAAGGAGCACCCCUCCCUGGCUUACUGCGAGGACCGGGUCAUCGAGCACUACAAGAAACUGAACGGCCAGACCAGAGGCCAAGCCAUCGUCAACUACAUGAGCAUCGUGGAGUCUCUCCCAACCUACGGGGUUCACUAUUACGCAGUGAAGGACAAGCAGGGGAUACCGUGGUGGCUGGGACUGAGCUACAAAGGCAUCUUCCAGUAUGACUACCACGAUAAAGUCAAGCCCAGGAAGAUAUUCCAAUGGAGGCAGUUGGAAAACCUGUAUUUCAGAGAGAAGAAGUUUUCUGUGGAAGUUCAUGACCCACGCAGGGCUUCAGUGACGAGGAGGACGUUUGGACACAGCGGCAUCGCAGUUCACACGUGGUACGCGUGUCCGGCACUGAUCAAGUCCAUCUGGGCUAUGGCCAUCAGCCAGCACCAGUUCUAUCUGGACAGAAAGCAGAGUAAGUCGAAGAUCCAUGCCGCCCGCAGCCUGAGCGAGAUCGCCAUCGACCUGACGGAGACGGGGACGCUGAAGACGUCCAAGCUGGCCAACAUGGGCAGCAAGGGCAAGAUCAUCAGCGGCAGCAGCGGCAGCCUGCUGUCCUCAGGUUCUCAGGAAUCAGAUAGCUCGCAGUCGGCCAAGAAAGACAUGCUGGCAGCCUUGAAAUCCAGGCAGGAAGCUCUGGAGGAAACGCUUCGCCAGCGGCUGGAAGAGCUGAAGAGACUCUGCCUACGAGAAGCGGAGCUGACAGGCAAACUGCCCGUGGAGUAUCCCCUGGAUCCAGGAGAGGAACCACCCAUUGUUCGAAGAAGAAUCGGGACAGCCUUCAAACUGGACGAGCAGAAAAUCCUGCCCAAAGGAGAGGAGGCCGAGCUGGAGCGCCUGGAGCGGGAGUUUGCCAUUCAGUCCCAGAUUACGGAGGCUGCCCGCCGGCUGGCCAGUGACCCUAACGUCAGCAAGAAACUGAAGAAGCAGAGGAAGACCUCUUACCUGAAUGCACUGAAGAAGCUGCAGGAGAUUGAAAGCGCAAUCAACGAGAACCGCGUCAAGUCUGGGAAGAAACCCACCCAGCGGGCCUCGCUGAUCAUCGAAGAUGGAAAUAUUGCCAGUGAAGACAGUUCCCUGUCAGAUGCCCUUGUUCUAGAAGAUGAAGACUCUCAGGUCACCAGCACACUGUCCCCCUUACAGUCCCCUCACAGAGGGCUCCCUCCUCGGCCACCGUCGCACAACCGGCCGCCCCCUCCCCAGUCCCUGGAGGGACUCAGGCAGAUGCACUAUCACCGCAACGACUAUGACAAAUCGCCCAUAAAGCCCAAAAUGUGGAGCGAGUCCUCCUUAGAUGAGCCUUACGAGAAGGUCAAGAAGCGUUCCUCCCACGGUCACUCCAGUAGCCACAAGCGCUUCCCCAGCACGGGGAGCUGCGCUGAAGCGGGCGGGGGAGGCAGCUCCCUGCAGACCAGCCCCAUCCGCAGCCUCCCGCCCUGGGACUCGCAGCGCAGCGUGCCCUCCACACCCGACCUCCGAGUCCGCAGUCCCCACUACGUGCAUUCCACGAGGUCGGUGGACCUCAGCCCCACGCGGCUGCACAGCCUCGCCCUGCACUUCCGGCACCGGAGCUCCAGCUUGGAGUCCCAGGGCAAGCUCCUGGGCUCCGAGAACGACACGGGGAGCCCCGACUUCUACACGCCGCGCACGCGCAGCAGCAACGGCUCGGACCCCAUGGACGACUGCUCGUCGUGCACCAGCCACUCGAGCUCGGAGCACUACUACCCGGCGCAGAUGAACGCCAACUACUCCACGCUGGCCGAGGACUCGCCGUCCAAGGCGCGCGCGCGGCAGCGGCAGCGGCAGCGGGCGGCGGGCGCGCUGGGCGCGGCGAACUCGGGCAGCAUGCCCAACCUGGCGGCGCGCGGCGGCGGCGGCGGCCACGGCCACGGCCACGGCCACGGCGUCUACCUGCACAGCCAGAGCCAGCCCAGCUCGCAGUACCGCAUCAAGGAGUACCCGCUGUACGUGGAGGGCGGCGCCACGCCCGUGGUGGUGCGCAGCCUGGAGAGCGACCAGGAGGGCCACUACAGCGUCAAGGCGCAGUUCAAGACCUCCAACUCGUACACGGCCGGCGGCCUGUUCCGCGAGAGCUGGCGCGGCGCCGACGAGGGCGACGCGGGCCGCCUGACGCCCUCGCGCUCGCAGAUCCUGCGGACUCCGUCGCUGGGCCGCGACGGCGGCGCCCACGACAAGGGCGCGGGCCGCGCCGCCGUCUCGGAUGAGCUGCGCCAGUGGUACCAGCGCUCGAGCGCCUCGCACAAGGAGCACAGCCGCCUGUCGCACGCCAGCUCCGCCUCCUCGGACAGCGGCUCCCAGUACAGCGCCUCCUCCCAGAGCACCUUCGUGGCGCACAGCAGGGUCACCAGGAUGCCCCAGAUGUGCAAGGCCACGUCAGCUGCCUUACCUCAAAGCCAGAGAAGCUCAACGCCGUGCAGUGAAGUUGGAGCGACGCCCCCUGGCAGCCCGCACCACAUGCUAACCUGGCGGACUGGGAGCUACAACGAUAGCUGUUUCCUGGAUUCCUCCCUCUAUCCAGAACUAGCUGAUGUCCAGUGGUACGGGCAAGAAAAAGCCAAGCCCGGGACCCUCGUGUGAGCCAGCCGGCCUCAAUCUGGCCGCCUCGACGCCAUUCUGAGAUCACCUCACUGCCUCUCAUUUGCCUUACCCAGACGCAGUGUCACCCUGCACCAGCUUCGGCCCUCAGCACUUUUCUUCUCCUGUCUCCGCGUCCCCCUCACCCUCCAACAACCUGACUGAGGAGACAUUCUGGAAGGUUCCGGUCCCACUGUGUGUCCCCUGGCUCCCUUGCCCAGAGAGCCAGGCACCAAUCCUCAACGGCACCUUGGUGGCUCCCCCCUGCUGCGACAGCCCCCUGGCCGGGAACCAUCAGGGAAGCUGGCUGGCCUGGAUUCCUGUGGGCUAGUGGCAUUGGUGGAGACCAGGAGAGGGGACUUACGUACAGGGCGAUCCAGAAAGACUGUGAAAGCUGGGGCCCCCCUGGAGGCCCACCAAGCCCUUGGUGACGAAGAUGCCUCGUGCGAACAUUCAGCGGACAGCUGAACUACUUCCUGGGAGGAGUGACUGUUGCGGGAGCAGGGAGAACGGAAACAGAAGCUGAACACGUCAGAGAUGCAUCCAAGGAUCACAGUCAGUUAUGCUGCCAAAGAUUUAAAAAAAUUAAAAACUAAAAACACACAAAAAAUUAAGAGGGGCCAAGAGGAAGACAUUCUUUCUGCAAUGAGACCUCCUUUAAAUCCUCCACUGCUAUUGCAUCCCACACGUGAACGUCAGCCAUCUGUGACGGGUGCCCCUCUUCACCCCUCUCCAUUGAGAGCCUGAAAACUAACCCCAUGUGAUGGCCACGUCGGGGGACCCCUGGCUGGCACUGCUGACUUGGAUCUCCAUGAGUCUGGACCCCAAGGAGAACAGACCCACGGGGAGUAGCGGAAUGUCCGCUUAGCCCCGGCCUGCAUGGGGGGUUCAGCCCAAGACACAAAGCUGCUUUCCUUUGCGGAUUUGUAGGAAACGUAAGGUGAUGGUUGCCAAAAGUGGUUCUCUCUCAUUAAAACAACCAGUAAAAGUGUACCCUAUUUUUUUCUCACAAGGUGUUUCAUUUGAUUUUUUAUGGGAAGCCAAGGGAAAAAGCACACUGCAAUCCAUUCAAGUGUUUAACUGUCGUAGCCCAUUUUCUGUUUGUUAGCACUCGUGUGACAAAGAGCUCAGAUUCGAUGGCACCCGGUUACCAACGUGUCACUUCUUCCAGGAACCCAACUAUGCCCUUAGGUAGGAAGACCGUACUCACAUGUCUACUAGCUGGCAGGCAGAGCAGGGUUGAAAAAAUAUAUCAGCUCCCAGAGGGCCCAUAUGCCUACGACAUCAUCAGCGACCUUGAUAUGUCACGAUGGUCUGCAGGUACCAAAAAAGGAAGAGAGAAGAAAGGUGUGUGGGAGCUGCACGUUUACAUGUGUUUUGAGCUAUGCUUAAUACACAACUGGAAAGCCAUCAAUCUUCAAAGGCCUCAAAAAUAGUUUUAUAAUACUAACAAGUGCACACUCGUAGUUGGGUUAUUUCAAAUGGCACAAACACGGUCUCCACAGAGGUGGGAUGCUGUGCUUAUUGGCGCAAGUGGCGGGGCGGGGGGCGGAAUUUCUUUUCUCACUUGUAAUGACUUCCUACUGGAAAGGCAGUGGACAGCCAGAGACAGGAGCUGGGGUGGGGGAGAUUUGUGGGCAAGCAGAGUUGAAGUUAGCUUUAGCGUAACAAGAAAAAGCUUUGUUUUUUAUGUAUAGGUAAUCCAAGAAUAAACAAUAGACUCUACCAGACCAGGAGGGUAAGAACGGACACUUAGCAUUGGUUAAAAUGAACUAUCAGGAAAUACCCACGGUGCUCCCCCUGCGGGCUCACGGCAGGCUGGGGCCAGGCUGGACGGCUCAGGGCCGGGCUUCCCUGGCUCUGUGCACUGCUGGGUUGGUGAUACCAGCUUGCGGAAGGGAUUAAUAUUCACAGAACACUUUAGGGGUGAACCCUGCAGGGUAAAUAAAAUUGGUUAUGAUGAUAUUAAACAAUUCUGGGGAUUGACACGGGCAGGGGUGUUGCUCUUAUUUUGAUGCUCAGAGCUACAAACAGCAGGUUUUUCUUUCCCCAUUCGGAAACAUUCUGUAUUAGGCCAGAUUCUUUCUCCCAAAAGAAGAUGCAUGAAUAAUCAAACUGAACUCUGUCCCAGAGGAAAAGUCAAAAGGGAAAUAGACGAGGUGACCAGGUUACAUACUGCGGAUGAUACAACAGGGAUAGUAGUUUGAAAUCAAGUCUGAAGUCAGUCGGAUCAAAUUUUUAGCCCAGUUGGGUUACAAUGACUGAGAGACAAAAAUUCUUUCUAAACACUUGGGUGUGGGAUUCGGGGGGCAGAAAGGAAUGGAGGCAGGAUAGAGGGGCAGAAUUACAGUUCAGGCAAACAGUAUGAUGGUCUGGUAGUAAAGACGGAGAUUAAGUAAAACAGGUUUUACUGUUGAGCUGCGUUCAGUUCCUACAGGAUGUACAUAAAAGUGCUGGUCCUUUGAGACUGACGUGGUUAAUGAUGAGUGUGGUGGAAAAUGAUAUAGUUACUGUACACAAGCACUGGCAAGCUCUUUAUGUAUCCCUAUUUCUUUAAGGCAAAUUAAGAUGAAAUAUGAAACCCCUGGUCUGAUACAAAGCCCCUACUGGAUUCUUUGGAUACGUAUAAGAAACUGCCUGUUUAGCCAGAAGGCUGGUGAAAACACCUACGUCAGACUUUGUUAUGAGACAGGUGGGUUUUUCUAAUUUGAUCAUAUGCAGGUGAGUGUUGAAACCGUUCAAAUUCCAAUUUGUUUUCAUUCGGUAUUAGUUUAGUUCUACACAUAGCAAACCCCAUCCAGGUGCUAUCAGAUGACCAGUUACUGCUUAAUUAACUAGGUGUAAAGUUUUACAUAUACAUUAAUGUCAAUAGUUUAUUACAAGUCGUGUAAAAUGGACUCUAGUUUAAUAAUGGGGAAGAAAGGAUUAGGUCGCUCCUGAAACUGACUUGUAGAGCAUGUAAAAUGAUUUUACUGGAUUCUGUUCAACUGUAAUCAAUGACAAAGAUGUAUGUUGUAGACAAAGUUGCAGAAUUAAAAAGAAAUCUGCUUUUAAUUUAUUCUUUUUGUAUUAAGAAUUUGUAU